UUACACCCUUCGUUGCAUUAGCAGGAUCAAAUGAUAAAAGCCCUCUCCACUCUCCUUAUACCAUUCUAGGGUUUUGUCCUUCUGGUACUCACGCUUCACAGAGCUCACUCUAUCAUACACACGCAGAGCUGAGAGAUGUGGAGAUCCAUAGCUGCUACAUCCAAACAGUUGGCACGGAAUUUUGGUGUAACCAGAAACCCCGACAAGGUUAGGGUUUCCUUGCUUCCUUAUCCAAACUUUAGAUUUCUCUCAAACUCGUCCGUGAACGUCGACCAAUUCGGCCCUGCGAACGAUUCUUCAGCAUUUUUCAGGGAAAAUAGUGAUACCCAAAUCCAGAGUUUUGCUUCUGAAGGAGAUGCUGAUGGUUUAUCAGAGCAGUUUUCACAGGCUUUAGGUGAAAAUGGCGAUUACCAGUUUGAGAAUUUUGCUUCUGUGAGUGAUAACAUUGGCACGCCUGAUCAGCUUUUUAGGGGUUUAGUUGAGGAAGGUGAGGGUGGAAAAGAAGAGGGAGGGGUUUAUGAGAUAGAUAUGGAGAAAUUAGAGAAUGUGUUGUCUUUGUUACAGAGUAUUGCUGACGGGUCCUUAGAAUCAAGUCUUGAUGGUAUGGGUUUGGAUUUACACGAGGAGUUUUUAAUGAAAGUGCUUGAAACCCCUUUUGUUUUGGGUGAUAAUUUGAUUAGGUUUUUCAAGUGGGCGAUUAAGGAGCCAGAUAUCAAUGUGACUACCGACGUAGUUGAUGUGCUUGUUCGAGCUAUUUGUGGUGACCUUAGAAAGAAAGAUGCAUAUGCAUUGUGGGAUUUAAUUAUGGAGGUUGCUAAGAAGGAUAAUGUUGUGCUGAAUGUGGAGAUGCUUAAUCGGUUGAUAGCUUUGUUUUCGAAGCUGGGAAAAGGGAAGGCGGCUUUAGAGGUUUUCAACAAGUUUGAGGACUUUGGGUGUGUCCCGGAUUCAGAGACCUACUAUUAUACAAUUGAAGCCCUUAGUAGGCGAUCCUUUUUUGACUGGGCUUGGUCAGUUUGUGAGAAGAUGCUCAAUGCAGAAGCCCUGCCAGACAGUGAGAAAAUUGGUAAGAUUAUCAAUUGGUUUUGUAAAGGGAGCAGGGCAAGUGAUGCCCAUGUGAUUUAUAUGCUGGCAAAGGAGAAGAAAAAGCAUCCACCUCAGUCUGCAGUCAAUUUUUUGAUCAGUUUGCUCUCACAGAAAGAUGAAACAGUCAAUUUGUCUUUGGAUAUGUUGGAUUCAUUCUCUGGAGAAACACGGAAGUAUGCAAUCAAGCCCUUUUCAUCUGUUAUUCGUGGUUUGUGUAGGAUCAAAGAUUUUGACGGGGUAAAAAUGUUACUAACUAAGAUGAUUGAUGAGGGGCCACCUCCUGGAAAUGCUGUUUUCAAUUCCAUUAUCAAUGGUUAUUCCAAGUGUGGAGAUAUGGAAGAGGCAAUAGAGAUGAAAAUUUUGAUGGAAAGGAGGGGACUGAAACCAGAUCUUUUCACUUAUACGGUUAUUAUGAGUGGUUAUGUAAGUGGUGGUCAGAUGGAGGAGGCUUGCAAAAUACUCUCUGAAGCCAAAAAGAAGUACUCUAAGUUGAGUCCUGUGACUUACCAUACACUUAUUAGAGGUUAUUGCAAACUUGAACAAUUUGACAAAGCUUUGGAGUUAUUAGCAGAGAUGAAGGAAUUUGGGGUCCAACCUAAUGUAGACGAGUACAAUAAGUUGAUCCAAUCUCUAUGCUUAAAGGCCUUAGAUUGGGAAACAGCAGAGAAGCUGUUGGAGAAAAUGAAGGAGGAUGGUCUUCAUCUAAAUGGGAUCACAAGAGGCCUUAUAAGAGCAGUUAAGGAGCUGGAGGGGGAGGGGUUGGAGAAAGAAAUAAGUGUUAAAGCUUGAGUUAUUUCUUGGUAUAGAUGCCACAGUGAAGCUCUCCAAUUUUCUUUUUGGCAUGUGUUCAAUCUCUGUGCACAUGAAUCAGAUUGAAAAAGAAGUUUCAAUUUGGUUCUUAUGAUCAAUUUCGUUGAUGCUUUUGAUUGAGAUGAAAAUGCAUGAUUUGAUUGUCUUAUCUAAGUUGGACAUUUGUAUGCUUCAUGUAGGAAUAGAAACAAAUUGACUGUGUUUUCAGUAGUCUGAAUUUUAAUUUUGUCUAAUAAAUGAAUCCAUUUAGGCUUUUA